UGUCUGUGUCUGUGUCAGUCUUUGUCUCUGUGUUCACUGUGUCUUCUGCCUCAUGUGUUUGUUGGAUGGAUGUUUUAGGGGAACUGUCCCUUUAACCGUGCGGACACACUGCUCAUGCUCCGGGCUUCGUGCCGGAGUUUUCCCCCAGACAGGAACCAGCGGAGGACCGGAGCAGACCGGGAGAACAGCCGCUGCCGCAGCCUCCUCCGCAGAUACCGAACCCGGACACAGGACAUCGUUGUCCGGCGGGAGAUUAGCACGCACACCGUAGCGUUUCACUUUCUCUGCGGGAUUAUGGUGGCUGACGUUGCGGGAGCAUCAUCCGGUCACGGCGGCGUGUUUACAUCGGGACCGUGACCACUAAGUUAUCUCGAGGACUUGUGUGGACGCGCCGCAGAGCGCGUGGCAGCGGGGUUUAUGUCCCGCUGGCUCGGAGCGGAUGAUCCGGUUGGAGAAGCGUUGCCAAUCAUUUUAAAGUCUGGAGUGUUUCCAUCAAAGUUGAAUCUCUUUGUCUCGUCCCGCAGCUUCUGGCACGCAUCCUGUGGUCGUGCGUAAAGCCCGCUCACCUGCGCCUUUCCCCGCAGGCGUCAUGGGUGGACCGCUGUGAUGACAGUGGAGCAUCCAGCUGCGUAAAGUCCCAGUUUGGUUCACUCCUCCGGGGCUGCAGCGUCUCGGAGAACACGCACUCCUCUUCCAUCAUGGAACCCACCGGGGGGAUGCGCCUCUGCACCUGCACCGGCUCGUCCACGAAGGGCGCGUGGAAGAUGUACCUGGGAUUAUUUGUGAUGCUCCAGCUCCUGCUCCAUGCGGAAGCCUCGUCGGUGUCCAAGUCCUGCGAUAAGAGCUGCUUCUCAGGGAGGUGCGUCAACGGGAGCUGCGCCUGCGACCACGGAUGGGUCGGGGAUCGGUGCCAACACUGUCAGGGAAGAUUCAAAUUGACCGACCUGACAGGUUCCCUCACAGACGGACCCGUGAACUAUAAAUACAAGACCAAAUGCACUUGGCUAAUAGAAGGAUAUCCUAAUGCAGCACUCAGGCUGCGCUUCAAUCACUUUGCCACCGAGUGCAGCUGGGACCACAUGUACGUCUACGAUGGAGACUCCAUCUACGCCCCUUUGAUUGCCGUCUUCAGCGGUCUUGUCGUGGCAGAGAGCGGCGGCAAUGAGACGGUUCCCGAGGUGGUGACGACCUCCGGCUACGCUCUGCUGCACUUCUUCAGCGACGCGGCAUACAACCUGACCGGCUUCACCAUCACCUACUCGAUCAACUCGUGUCCCAACAACUGUUCGGGCCACGGCAGAUGCGGCGCGGCCACCUUGGCGUCUGGCCGCGUGUACUGCGAGUGCGAGGACUACUGGAAAGGAGACGCCUGCGACGUCCCGUACUGCAGAGACAACUGUGGCAGCCCGGACCACGGCUACUGUGACCUGACCGGAGAGAAGCUCUGCGUCUGCAACGACAGCUGGCAAGGUCCAGACUGUUCUCUGUCCGUCCCGUCCACCGAGGCCUUCUGGACGCUGCCCAGCGUCAAGCCGUCAGCGCAGUCGUCGGGUCGAGCGUCCCAUCAGGCACUGCUGCACUCUGGGCUCAUGUGGGUGGUGGGAGGCUACUCCUUCAACUACUCCAACUACCACAUGGUCCUCAACUACAACCUGGAGAGCAGCACGUGGGACGCGGUGCCUGUGAGCAGCGGCCCUCUCCACCGAUACGGACACUCGCUGGCUCUGCACCAGGAUGACAUCUACAUGUUCGGUGGGAAGCUCGAAUCCGGAUCUGCCAACGUGACCGAUGAGCUGUGGGUCUUCAACAUCCCCCGACGCACCUGGUCCCCACGCACCCCCGCCCCGCCUCCUCCCUACGCCCUGGAGGGACACACCGCCCACGUGGUGGAGCUGUCCCCCGGCGACUCCGUGAUGCUGAUCUUCUUCGGCUACUCGCCGGUUUACAGCUACAUCAACAAAGUGCAGGAGUACAACUUCAGAUCGAACUCGUGGCAGGUUGUGUCGGCCGGCGGCGCGGUGGUCCAGGGGGGAUACGGCCACAGCAGCGUGUACGAUGUGUCCAGCGGCUGCGUGUUCGUUCACGGGGGAUACAAGGCCCUGAACAACAACAAGUACGGUCUGGUGGACCACAUGUACCGCUACCACGUCCCCACCAGGACAUGGUUGAUCCUCAGAGAGAGUGGUUUGGCGCGUCACCUCCACUCGGCGGCGCUGCUGAGCGGCACAGUUCUGGUGUUUGGAGGAAACACUCACAACGACACGUCACUAAGCAACGGAGCCAAGUGUUUCUCUGCCGACUUCCUGGCGUACGACAUCGCUUGUGAUGAGUGGUCCAUCCUCCCCAGACCAUCGCUGCACCGGGACGCCAACCGAUUCGGACACUCUGCGGUCGUGAGCAACGGCUCCAUGUUGAUCUUCGGAGGUUUUUCCGGCGUCCUCCUGAACGACGUGCUGACCUACACCCCCCCAUCAUGUCGGGCCUUUUCCAACCCAGCUCUGUGUGCCGCUGCUGGGCCGGGCCUUCGCUGCCACUGGGUCAAAACUAGAUGUUUUCCCUGGGAACCAAAACCACCUGACCAGAUUCUACCUGCUGUGAUCUGUCCUUCACGACCUGACAGCACGGACGAGCAGUGUUUCCGCUUCUCGGACUGUGCGAGCUGCACGGCCAACACGUGGGGCUGCCAGUGGUGUGAGGACAGGAAGUGCAUCUCUUCAUCCAGCAACUGUACUGUGCUGACCCUGGAGCUGGCCCAGCAGCAUGGCGGCCCUCUGUCUCUGUCUCCCCCUCCAUCCAUGUUGUCUGAACAUCAGCUGAGCUUGUGGAAGCACGGAGCCAGGAGGCGGGGUCAUUCGGUGAGAGACUCGUUCAGGUGUAAGCGUCGGGAGGAGCAGGAGUGUUUCCGACUGGCCAACUGCAGGAGCUGCUCCCUUAACGUCAACUGUCAGUGGGACCAGCAGCAGCAGGAGUGUCAAGCGCUGCCUGGUCAGCUGUGUGGAGAGAGCUGGCACCACGUGGGCGACGCCUGCCUGAGGAUCAACUCCAGCAAGGAGAGCUAUGAUAACGCGCAGCACUACUGUAAGAACCUGGGAGGAAACAUCGCGUCUCUGCUCACGGACAAACAAGUCAACUUCGUCCUGGAGGAGCUGCAGAGACACCAGCUGCAGGACAAGAGGUUGUCUCCGUGGGUCGGCCUGAGGAAGAUCAACGUGUCGUACUGGGGCUGGGAGGACGCGUCGCCCUUCACCAACACCAGUCUGCGCUGGUCACCGGGCGAACCCAGUGACUCGGGCUUCUGUGCCUACCUGGAGCAGCCGCUGGUGGCCGGGCUCAAAGCCAACCCCUGCACCGCCACCACGGACGGGCUGAUCUGUGAGAAACCAGCGGGAAGUCCUCAGACUCCGAGCGCUCGUCACUGUAAGACUCCCUGCGCUCUGAGGUCCAGCUGCUCUAACUGCACCAGCCAGGCCAUGGAGUGCAUGUGGUGCAGCAGCACUCAUCGCUGCGUCGACUCCUCGGCCUACGUCAUCUCCUUCCCCUACGGCCAGUGUCUGGAGUGGCAGACUCAGGACUGCGCAGCUCAGAACUGUUCGGGUCUGCGGACGUGUGCCGACUGCCUGGAGAGGGCCGAGUGCGGCUGGUGCGGUGACCCCAGUAACACCGGUAAGGGAGCGUGCACCGAGGGAUCCUACCGGGGGCCCCUGAAGCCCUCCAGCUCCAGGGCCGGGUCCCGGGACAGGGACAUGGUGCUGGACCAGAGCCUGUGCACGUCGGACCGAGGCUUUAACUGGGCCUACAUCCAGUGUCCAGCGUGUCAGUGUAACGGUCACAGCAGGUGUGUGAACGCCAGCGUGUGCGAGCGCUGUGGGAACCUGACGGCCGGGACGCACUGCCAGAACUGCAUGGCCGGUUAUUACGGCGACCCCAUCAACGGAGGGAAAUGCAACGCAUGUAAGUGUAACAGUCAUGCCAACGUGUGCCACGUCAACACAGGGAAGUGCUUCUGCACCACCAAGGGCAUCAAGGGAGACCAGUGUCAGCUAUGUGAUUCAGAGAACCGUUACCUUGGUAACCCCCUCAGAGGAACAUGUUAUUACAACCUGUUGAUCGAUUACCAGUUUACCUUCAGCCUGCUGCAGGAAGACGACCGUCACUACACGGCCAUCAACUUCAUGGCUACACCCGAACAGGCCAACAAAAAUCUGGACAUGUCCAUCAACGCCUCCAACAACUUCGACCUCAACAUCACCUGGUCCUUAAGCUCCACAGCCGGCACCAUCUCCGGUGAAGAGAUGCCCGUCAUCGCUCGGACCAACAUCCGGGAGCACAGGGACAGCCUCUCCUGUGAGAAGUUCAACUUCAGGCUUCACCACAACAUCACCUUCUACGUCUACGUGUCCAACUUCAGCUGGCCAAUCAAGAUCCAGAUCGCCUUCUCUCAGCACAACAGCAUCAUGGACCUGGUGCAGUUCUUCGUCACCUUCUUCAGCUGUUUCCUGUCUCUGCUACUCGUCGCUGCCGUGGUUUGGAAAAUCAAGCAGACCUGCUGGGCCUCACGGAGACGAGAGCAGCUGAUGAGAGAGCGACAGCAGAUGGCCAGUCGUCCCUUCGCCUCGGUGGCUGUGGUGCUGGAGGUGGGCGGCGACCAGGAGGAGCUGCUGCAGGCGUUGCCGAAGCCCAUAGCCAUGGAGCCGUGCUGGGGGAGCAGAGCAGGUGUUCUGACGGUGCUGCUGUAUCUGCCCAGAGUCCCGUCUGGAACACCUCCGCCUGGACAGUGUGGAAUCUCCAUAGCCAGCGCUCUGGUGGACGCGUCGCAGCAGCGAGCGAUGGACUUUAAGGACCGAGGCCUCGGACUCAAGCAUCGCAAACACACCGUGCACCAUCAGGGGACCUGUGUAUGAACUGGAUGAUGACACGUCCUCAUGUCCCCGGAGGACAAAACACACAGACAACACAACACAAAGGGUUCUGAGGAUCUUCAUGGAUCAGAGGACGGUGGAACAUAGAACUCAUGGUUCCUUCCUUCGCUGCAUUAGAUGGACAAACCUUCAGAGCAGAGACUAAUUCCAGAGCCUUGAUGAUGACGAGGAGGAUGAUGAGGACGUGAUUCUCGUCUGAUCAGAUAUUUACAAAGGGAGCUGCCUCUGCACCGUGUGGCUCAGUGUGGAAGUGCAACUGACUUACAAACCCACUCGGGAGCGAAACACAACAACAACCUGAACCUAAUCAGAUCAAUGCAGAACCCUGUGGUGGCUGAUUAUUUGCUGGAGGAGGAAGUCUCCUCUGGGAUGUUUUUUAAAGAUCUCUGUUGUUGAGAUGCGGAAUCGAAACCUUUGGAUUUAUCCGUUUAAUCUCAAAGAACAUUUGUUUCUCUUUCCUUAAGUCAACAUUUGGAGAUCUAUUUGAUCUGCUCAGGUUCUGCAGCCGGGGGUCUUCAUCACGUGUGUUUCUGCACUGGAGCUGAAAGGCUUCACCGACACACGAGGAUCCUGUGUGAGAUAUUAAUAUGCAACUGACCGUUCAAAUGUAGAGUUGACCUGCAGGUCGGCACCAGACACAAACUACUGAUGGUGUUCUUACGCCUGCUCGUUCAUUUCAGACUGUGAAAGUGCAGUUUUCAACUUUUUACAGUAACACUCAAGCCUGUUACACGUUUUUAUAUGACACGUCUCCUGUCUAAUAUUUAUUAAUAAUGCAAAUUAAAUUUAAACAGUAAUUUAGCAAGUUUUCAAAUGCACUAUGGACUUUUAUUUGUUUACUGUUUUCAUAUCAAAUUUCCAGGUGAUGUCACUUUUUUCCCAUUUAUCAACCGUGUUCAAUCUUCAUUUAAUAUUGAAGUUUAAUAACUUUGUAUUGACUGCACCUGCACAGAAUGUGAACGUCUUUAGAACUCCUACAAGGAACUUUACUUUUCUAUAAACGAAGGUGACGUCUCCACCGUCAUGUGUCCUAGAAACCUCGGUCCAGACGGUAAAGAGGAUGAAAGUAGGUCAUAAAGUGAUAAUAAAAUAAAUAAUAAUUCUGUUUCAUAACCAGUUAAGAGGAAUCUUGUAGGAGCUUUAAACACUUGGUUUGUUUUUGACUCUGAUGUUUUGUCUCCGUUUCAUUUUGCACCAGUUUGUUGUUGAGACUUGUUUUGACAAAGAGCCGCUCACCUCCCUGUGUGCGUCCUCAUGAGAAUAAACUCUGUACAUUUACAAGUAAAACAUUUUGAUGACUCGUACGGUGGAACUGUUUUCAGUGUGUGUGUGUGUGUGUGUGUUCUUACCUCUGCCAUUAAACAUUAAAUAUCGUAUGAAAACAUACUAUAUAAUAAACCCACUGAUCCAAAGGUUUCAGCUCUAGAACGGACUCGUAGUUUGUGUGUAA